AAUCACUCAUAUUUUCGGUCACUUAUAUAGAUGAAUGAGAGCAAAACAAAAGGGUGAAUGAAAGCAGAGUCAUUAAAUCUUAUUAAGAUCUUAAACGAUAAGAUCGUAGAUUAUCUUAUCGAAAUUUUAAAGGAUAAGAUCUUAUAAUAUCUUAGUAAGAUAAUGUCAAGAAGUGUCUAAGAUUUUUACUAGGGUGCGCUCGUACAAUAAAAUCCGUGAAUAAUUCUCAAGCUUUUCGUGUACUAGGUUAUACCUGGACGAUGAUUAUUCCGUUCAACCGGGUCAUAUACCAUGGUAUAAAUAUGAUCCGAGUGUUAAUGUAUCAGAUAUACCGAGGAUACAUGACGAUAAAAAUGAUUCAGCCCCACCUGAACGUUUAAAACCUGUUGGAACAAAAGAAAAAAAUAAACAACCGUCUUUAAAAGGUAUGUGA